AUGAAGGUUAAGGCUGACAGAGAUGAGUCUUCCCCAUACGCUGCCAUGUUGGCUGCUCAAGACGUCGCUGAGAAGUGUAAGGAGGUCGGUAUUACCGCUGUCCACGUCAAGAUCAGAGCUACUGGUGGUACCAAGACCAAGACCCCAGGUCCAGGUGGUCAAUCCGCUUUGAGAGCUUUGGCUAGAUCCGGUUUGAGAAUCGGUAGAAUUGAGGAUGUCACCCCAGUUCCAUCUGACUCUACCAGAAGAAAGGGUGGUAGAAGAGGUAGAAGAUUGUAG